AUGAAGGAUGCAAACGAAAAACAACCAAUCAGAAUUAGUGACAGCAUAACAUCAGCAAGUCAACCAAAACGUGCGGUCAGCUGUGACUGGCGACCCAUAGGAGCCAGACUCCUUCAAUCACCGCUCCUCAGGCGACAUUCUCCUACCAGCUUACGGUAUAUUUGCACGCCAUUAUCAAGACAGGCACCUGAAGGACGCCACACACGAAAAUUGUUUAAUUCCAUAUCUAUCUAUCUAUCUAUCUAUCUAUCUAUCUAUCUAUCUAUCUAUCUAUCUCAUUCUGUUCGUAUCUAUCUAUCUAUCUAUCUCAUUCUGUUCGUAUCUAUAGAUUAUCUAUCUAUCUAUCUAUCUUAUAUCUAUCUAUCUAUCUAUCUAUCUAUCUAUCUCAGUCUGUCCGUAUCUCUCUAUCACAGUCUGUUCGUAUCUAUCUAUCUAUCUAUCUAUCUAUCUAUCUAUCUAUCUAUCUAUCUAUCUCAAUCCGUUCAUAUCUAUCUAUCUAUCUAUCUCAUUCUGUUUAUCUCUCUGUUUAUCAUUAUAUCUCACAAUUCAUUUCAAUUUUUAUUCUGUAUUUUUCCUCUCUUAUUCUCAUACCUUUUUCUAUUGUAUCUCCACUUCCUUUUUGCUCUCAUCAUUCUUCCACCCUUUUUGCAUAUGUUCCUUGCCGCUUUCAUCUUCCUCCGCCUCUUUGUUUGUUUGUUUCUUUGUUUGUUUGUUUCUUUCUUGUUAUCCUUCCUUCAUUCGUUUCCUCGCUUUUUCUCUUAA